AUGGGGAUGAAAAGCUGCCACUCAGGUUUCCAGAAUCGAAUCUCCGAUCUCAUGUUUCAUCACGGUCACCGUCUCAGAGCUUUUCUCCGCCGCAGCACUUUCUCCCAACCACCACCACCAACCUCCGAAUGUUACCUUCUUCUUCCUCAUCAGAAACCCUUCUUCCCCUGCCCAUUAUCAAUAGUAUCUCAUAACUUGUUCUCAACCACUUCUGAUUCUUCUGAUAAACAAUCCUUCACCGUUUCAUACUUCACUAACACUUGUGGCUUCUCACCACAAGCUGCUCUCAAAGCAGCCAAGCGAGUUCGUUUCGACACCGCAGAGAAGCCCGACUCGGUCAUCGCCUUCUUCACAAACCACGGUUUCUCCAUCUCCCAGACACACAACAUCAUUCGCAGGGUACCAGAGCUGCUUUUACUCGAUUCCACCAAAAGGGUUUUGCCCAAGUUUCAAUUUAUAGCCUCCAAAGGUUUUGACAUAGUUACCACUGUGACUAGGUACCCGUAUUUCCUGCUUAAAAGCCUUGAGAAUCACAUUAUACCUGCAUUUGAAUUUGUAAGGACAUUCUCUCCAUCUGAUGAAAAAGCAUUAGCUUGUGCACUUUUUGGUUCCACUUCCUAUACUAUUGCUCUCAUGAAAUCAAAAGUACAAUUGUUGCUUGAUAUGGGAGUGCCACCCUCAAACAUAUACAUUUUGCUUAGAACUAGGCCCUCUAUGCUCGGAUGUGCUAACAUGAAGGAGGCCGUGGAGGAAGUCAAGGGAUUGGGAUUUCAUCCCUCCAAAACGCAUUUUGUUGCAGCAUUACAGGCCAAAAGUUCUAUACCCAAAUCACUUUGGGAUGCCAAACUCGAUGCCUUUAAGACAUGGGGCUGGUCUGAAGAUGUUGUUCUGGAUGCAUUUAGGAGGGAUCCCCACAUUAUGCUAAACUCAAUCAAAAAAGUUAAUGCAGUGAUGAGUUUUUGGGUCGGCCAUCUUGGUUGGGACCCUUCAGUGCUUCUAGCAGCGCCAUGCCUUUUUGGAUAUAGUUUGGAGAAAAGGCUUAUGCCAAGGGCUUUAGUUGUCCAGUAUCUUCUCUCCAGAGGUUUGAUGAAGAAGAAUGCUAGCUUAAGUUCACCAUUUAUGUAUACAGAUAAGUUGUUCCUGCGAAAAUUUGUGGAAUGUUUUGAGGAGGAGGAAACAUCUAAGCUACUAAGUCUAUAUCGUGGAGGAUGCUAGCAUCUGGUACUUUGUUAACUCAUGAAUACUGAUUUCUGUGUAAGCCAGCAUAGCAUUGAUACUAGAAUACUGGAAAUGUCAGGGGAGAAAUCAUCUUCAAUUUUCAUUUUGGAUUUUGAUUGUACAACAGUCAGUUUUCAUCAAUAUCUUUGCUGUUAUAUGAGUUUGUGAUUAUAGGUCUAAGUCUUGGAUCUUGCCUUCCCUUGCUACUGAUUUGUGGUUAUUUGUGACUAUUGCAUGAAAUGAUUCUGUAGAAUUGACCAUGUCAAUUUGGUAUAAAUUUCUUUCAUUUUUAUGUCUCUGUAAUCUGGUUCAUAUUUUU